GGACAUUCCCUCACACCCCUCCUGCGGCUGGUCAGUGCCGAAGAAAAUAAGGUGAGUGAUCUAGCGGGACGACGACAAGAUGAACCAGCAGCUAACCAUUGUUAAAUCUGCGUUAAGCUCCGGGGCUCGUUCUUUCCUUGUGCAAUGGCAUGACCAAUUUCUUCGGGAAAACAAAAAAAGAAAAAAAAGAGCGGUAACGGAACGGGGUAGUGACCGUUAGCCACCUUUACGAAGCUAUGCCUGGUUGCUUUCGGCAAGAAGAUACAGAGGAGGAGGGAGUCGAAAGCAAGGGCCACGGGGUUGGUAGUAACCGUUAGCCACCGUUACGUGGUUGGGCAGUGGAGAGACGGGAGAGUCUUUGAUGGAUGAAGCACGAAGCAGAAGAAGCUCUCAGGCGAUUGCGCCGACCGUUAGCCGCCGUUAGGAAGAGGAAUGAAGUAACGGUGGACUGACAGUUAGCCAUUGUAAGCUGGUGGGGCGGUUUUCAUAGUCUGAUAGAAGAAGGCCUCAGGCAAUUGGAGCUGGGUAGCUGCUGGUGGGCAGGCUGUCAUGGGACAGAAAAAAGAAGGAAGAAGAGGAAGAAGAGGAAGAAGUGGAAGCAGGCGAUUGAGCUACAGAGUAGUGACCGUUAGUCGCCGUUAGGAAGAACGAAGGAAUGGUGGAGAGGCGAGAGCAGGGAGAGGAAAGCAGCAGCUAUGGUGGAAAGCAGGAAGAGGAAAGCAGCAGUUAUGGUGGAACGAAGGGAGACGAAAGCAGAAGUUAUGGUGGAAAGCACGAAGAGGAAAGCAGCAGCUAUGGUGGAAAGCACGAAGAGGAAAGCAGCAGCUAUGGUGGAAAGAAGGAAGACGAAAGCAGCGAUGGUGUCAUCGAUGCAAUCCAGCAACCUGCCAUGAAGGCGAACGAAGCUAUGGUGGAAAGCGUAAGCAGUUAUGUUGCAAAGCAUCUGAAGACGAAAGCAGCUAUGGUGGAACGCAUGAAGACGAAAGCUGCUAUGGUGGAAAUCAUGAAGAUGAAAUAGAUAUGGCAGAAACCCCUUUCCACAUAAGGAAAGAACACGAUAGAAGAUGACGGAACAGCCUUUCCACAUA